AUGACUCGAGAUACAUCAAGAGUUCGGGAGGAACGAAGUUUCGACGGCGAUGAUGAUAUCCUGUCAGCCCUGUGGGCCGCUGCUCCUUUUCCAUACCUCCCUCACGAUGCGCCAGACGAGUUGAAGAAGCUUACGGUAGAGGUUGAGGAUCCAAAGCAAAUCUAUGUCAUACACAAUGCAAGCAGGCGUCAUCUCUUUCAUUUAAUGGUAGAAAAGUACAUUCGUCAACUUCGAUAUGGUUGCGAUUCUGCUAUUUGUCAUACCCCAACCUGUUUUACUUGUCGCAAACGUCUUGCCCUGAUCUCUGGCCGUCCAAUAAGGCCAUAUAAUUCGACGAGCGCGAGAAUUCUAGCUGUCCACUUAGCUAGUCAGGACAAUCCUGAACGAGGUCUCUGUCACAAUCCUCUCGUAGAUUCGCCAAUCCAAUUCAGCAAGCAUGUCAAGGCUACUGCGCGAAGAAAUCUAUCUGGGUCUAAGAAAAUACAAGUUAGUGGAGGGGACACUUUGCAAAGUAACACAUUCGGUACAGACAAUGAGAGGCAUGGGCCGAAUCGAUUACGAACCCUCAUAACCACUACUGGCGAUCCAACUGAGACUAGGGAAUCGAAACCCACCAUACUGAAUGACUAUACCAAGAUCGAUCAUAAAUCUUUCAUCCAAAAUGUAUUUGGCACGGCAGCUUUCAAGAUGGUAGAAUGGCUGACACCGAGGAAUUUGGCAGCACUAACAAGACACGAUGGCACAGUCUCAGAUUCGAAUGCACGUUCCUCACCAUUAGCUGAGUCGACACCAAGUGAUGAUAUGAAUACUCCUGCGCAGAAGCUAGAAGGUUCGAGUGGGUCAGGGACAGAUUCGUCAAAUGCUACAAAGUUCUCGCCAACCUCUUCUGAAGCCCCAACAGAAGUUUCCGGGUAUUCAAGCCACGGGGAUAGAGAUGAAAGUUCUAGUGGCAAAGAUGUUCCAGAUCCAAGUACGAGGAUGGGGAUGGGGAUGGGCUCAAAUUCGCCUCCUGCUAUACCUAACGACAUCAAGCCUAGCAUUCAAUCGAGCCCAAAUGCGUUUCAUACCGAAACCACACAUAUCUCAAGUCCAAGAUCUCGAAGGAGGACAGAUUCUUAUGAUGCCCAUGUUUCCAAAGGUGUUUUGAAUCUUUCGACUUCACCAAGGGCGACUGACACCGAUACUACUUCGCCUUUGCCUCGCCAUUCUACGCGCUCGAAACCUCAACCCACUCGGCAUACAAUGAUAGCUAAUCCAGUUCUCCAUCUACCCGACACCGAUAUUUCUUCGUCUACAGCACCCCUUGUUAGUGCUACAGUUGAGCCUUCUAUCCCAACCGAGCCUACGAUGAACUCUAAAUCUGAUUCAAUUGCUAACAACGCAAUCGAAAACCCCUCGAUUGAAAGGCAGAAUUCAGAUCCAUCUUUACCUGACGAAAAACUACCACAAACACUUUCAUCACUACCUAUUGAAGUGAUUAAUCUGAUCUGUGAUAUUCUGGAAGAUGACAAGACUUGCGAUAAGCAUUCAUUACAUCCUGAUCAAGUCGGUGAUGAUUUGAAGAGACAUCAAACACGUAUGCUUCCUUUGCGUCGAAAACCAAAAUCGUCGAUUGGUUAUCCAAAAUCAACUAGAAAACAAUGGCGUCGUUUUAUUGAUCAGUGUUUGUAUUCUGUCCUUAGUAAGCCCAGUUCUCUGAUAAAGUCUUUCACCACCCAAGAUGGGCAGGUCUUCGAUACACAGACUAUUUGGUACUGUAUGCUACGUAUGACUAGAGUUGCGCCGUCUAUUAUCUUUGACAGCCUAUGGAUAGCCGCUGGCACACUUUUCAAACCCCCACAGGAAUUAGAAUGGGCCAAACAGUCUCAUAGUGAUAGCUUGGGUCCAGAUCAAUCAAUCUCAAAAGCCGAUGCAGCUCAAAUAAUAAAUAUUUGCUUUCAUGCACUCGUAGCUGCGGCACCACUGUUGAAGGAUUCAAGACAGCUAGCAAACAUGUCUCGUAUACGUUCUUAUGGAAUUACUUUGCCUGGGAGAGAAUCGUUCUCAAUGGAAUCAACCAAACUAUGUCUUCAAUAUGACGAUGCGUUCUCGGAUGAAUUAGCAUUGAGAUUGGCUCGUCGAGUCUUCUCUGCUGUUUCCACAAGACGCAGGUUUUCUGAACUGAUCCAGCUCCAACAAGAUACCAGAGGCGACGAAAUUGAACAAGACGGUGUUUUAGAAAUUAUUCUCGGCACUCUGAAAUAUCUCGAUGUUGAUACACCACCUCUACUCAAUUUCACAGCUGCAGAACGAGAUUUGCACGAGAAGAGAAUUCCUACCUUAAUGCUCGAUUGGGCACGAACAGUAAUGAUACAAGAUUGGAAUGGUAAAGGGGAAGUUCCCUCAGAUGGGUCGUUUGGGGGUGCUUUAGAAACUAUUGCGGCAAUAUACAGGAACAGGAAAUCGCUAUUACUGGGAGACAUACAUUUCCGUACAGAAUACUUUUCCGAACGACUAGAUAGUGUCGCCAUGCCUCUCGAGUGGUUGUCUUUCCAGUCAAAUAAACGUACCGUUCAUUUGCUCGACUACCCAUAUUUAUUCAACCCAUCGACAUUGGUCAAUUACUUUCGAGCUAUCAAUUACUCGCGGAUGAAUCAAUCCUAUGAAGAAGCAAAGUCUUUAACUACACUUGUUCGUACUCACGAGGGUCUAAUCUCCAAUGAAGACUACCGAAACAGACUUCGAAAUCGUCUUCAAACAGCGACAUCAAGAUUCCUGGCAAUUGAGGUCAGCCGAGAUGAUCUACUUUCAGACGCUUUUGAUGUGCUAUGGCGAAGAGAAGGACGUGAAUUGAUGCGACCUUUGAAAGUGUCGUUUGGCGGUGAGCAUGGGGAGGAAGGUUUGGAUUAUGGUGGAGUUCAGCAAGAGUUCUUUCGAAUAGCCAUGACAGAAGCUAUCAACCCUGAUUAUGGUAUUUUUACGAUUGAUAAUAAAACAAAAAUGACAUGGUUUCAGCCAGGAUCACCAGAGCCGUUAUGGAAAUUCGAGCUUAUUGGAAUGAUCAUAUCUUUGGCUGUUUACAACGGUAUGACUCUACCGAUUACCUUUCCCAAAGCAUUCUACAGGAAGUUACAAGGAGAAAGCAUUACGGAACUUCACCACAUUUCAGAUGGAUGGCCCGAGCUCGCUAAGGGUCUAACAGAUCUGCUAGAAUGGGACAAAAGUAAAGGGGCCGUGGAAGAGAUUUUCUGUCGAACAUAUGAAUUUAGCCACUUUCAAUUUGGAAAGUUGGUAAGCCGUGAAAUGACUAGCUCAUCUCAAUGGCCAAAGUUCUCAGAUGUUAACGUUGGCGAAGAUUUUGAGGAUUUCGAUUCAACAGAUGUACCACUGGUCACGAACGAAAACCGAAACAGCUAUGUUAGUGAUUAUAUCAACUGGCUAACGAAUAUAUCCAUUCAACCACAAUUUGAAGCUUUCAAAAAGGGAUUCUUCGCCUGUCUUGAUCCUCGCUCUCUCAACCUUUUCGACGUCGAUACUCUUCAAUCUCUCGUCGAAGGUGUACAAGAAAUCGACAUUAUUGAAAUGCAACGUGGUGCUCGAUAUACUGGCUACGAGCCCACUGAUCGCGUCAUUCAAGAUUUCUGGUCGGUCGUCAAAGAAUACGACUUGGAAAAGAAGAAAAAGCUACUCGAAUUCACGACAUCAUCUGAUAGGGUUCCUAUGGGUGGAAUGAAGAAUUUUCAACUUACAAUCCAUAGGAAUGGAGCAGGGACCCAAUUACCGACUACGUCGACGUGCUUUCAAAUCUUAAUGUUACCGAAUUAUACAAGUAGAGAGAUUUUGAAAGAAAGGUUUGAUGUGGCUUUGGAACAUAGUAGUGGGUUUGGUAAUCAUUGA